AUGCCACCUAAUGUAUCGUUAAAUGAGAUGAACAUGAGAACAUGGAUUUGGGGGAGAACAACCAUAUGGAAUCCAUCACCAUUAUCAUCACUUCCCCUCAAAAUCGUAUUUAUCAUCUCUUUCUCUGUCACUGCUUCUUCUUCGUCUUACUCUCUUCCAACCCCCAAUCCCCGUUAUCAUUCCAUCUCAGUUCUGAAAGUCAACUCCAAGAAACCCUCAGCGACCACCACCGCCGCUGGAGACAUACUCGCACUCCUUGGCACACCUCAGCAGGCUGUAUCCGUCGACCCCCAAGUUGCUACUGAACUUCAAUCCCGCUCCAAGUUCAUCGUUCCUUUUAAUCAUACUACCAACACUCCACCUGAUUACUGUUUAGUGUUUUAA